UUUAUUAAUGGCUUAAUUAACUCGUAUUAGUUCAAGUUUGAAAAUGGGAAUCGUUGGUAUGGCUAAUGUUGGCAAGGUAAUUUUAUUCAAUAUUAUGAAGAGUUCAACAUUUAAUAUGUUGAGUAAACAAUCAGUGCCAGCAGAAAAUUUCCCAUUUUGCACUAUAGAUCCAAAUUAAGCUGUAGUCAAAGUACCUGAUCCUAGAUUUGAAUAUCUUUGUCAAAUUUUUAAACCUAAAUCAUAGAUAUUUUCUACUCUAAGUAUUAUAGAUAUUGCAGGGUAAAAAUUAAUGCAAAUUUAGUUUAGUGAAAGGAGCAUCUGAAGGAUAUGGAUUAGGAAAUGAAUUCUUAGCCCAUAUUUAAGCAGUAGAUGGAUUAUAUCAGGUUGUUAGGGCUUUUGAAAAAGAAAAAAUUGUACAUACUGAAGGUACUAUGGAUCCAAUUAGGGAUCUAUAAAUUAUUUCAGAAGAAUUAAUGGCUAAAGAUUAUUAAUUUGUUUCAAAGAGAGUUGAUGAAUUUAGCAAAAAAAUAAAAAAGUAUGAAGCUAAUAAAAAUGUUUCAGUGGAAGCUAGAGAUAUGGUUGAAUAAUUUAAAGUCUUACAAAAAUGUGAUGAAUUAUUAAAAAAGAAAUAAUGGGUUCGAUAUCAAAAAUGGACUGAGUUAGAAUAAAUUUAAUUAAGAAAGAUUCAAUUAUUAACUGCAAAACCAUCAAUUUAUCUAAUCAAUCUAUCCAAAGAAGAUCAUGAUGCCUACAUGGCUAAAAAAUAAAAUAAAUAUGCAAAACCUAUUGAAUAAUGGGUAUCCAAAAAUAGUCCUGAUAGUAAGAUUGUUUAUUACUCUGUUGAAAAUUAAGAAUCAUAAUAAUUACUUGAUCAAAUUAUUAUGGCAGGAUAUGAUUUAUUAGGUUUGAUAAGAUUCUUUACUGUUGGCUCAGAUGAAGUCAGGAGUUGGACUAUUAAGAAAAAUCUUAAAGCACCUUAAGCAGCUUCAGUUAUUCAUUCAGAUUUUGAAAAAGUAUGACUUUAUAUAUUUAUUUAAAAGGGAUUUGUUAAUGCUGAAGUAAUGUCUUUUGAUAAAUUUAAAAAACUUGGAGAUAAUGCCUUAGAUUAAUAUGAAAAAAAGUUUUCAAAAGAAGGAAAGGAUUAUAUUGUUAAAGAUGGUGAUAUUAUUCACUUUAAAACUAAAUAAUUUAAAUGAGUC